AUGUCUCCACAGACUCCUGGUUCGAUUCCCAGGGUUUCCGUUGGCUUCAGACACGAAGUCGAAGUAGAUUUAAAAGGGAUGGCCAAAUUAGUAGAUUUAACACAUUACGAAAAUACCGUCUGUCCGGAAACUUGGAAAGUACUGAAUUGCAUCGCCGAUGAGUUGAGAACUAGGAAGGUCAAAGUUUCAUACUUUAACGCGACGCCCCAGGGUGGCGGAGUUGCAUUGAUGCGCCACGCAUUAAUAAGACUGUGCAGGUUGAUGGAUUUAGAUGUUCACUGGUUCGUAACAAAACCGAAACCAGAAAUUUUUGAAAUCACCAAAAGGAAGUUCCAUAACGUAUUACAGGGUGUAGCACCACCUGAUGUGAGACUUACUCAAUCCGAAAAAGAAGAAUUUACUGCAUGGUCGGAUAAUAAUGCCACAGUAUUUUGGGCCGGUGAUGAAGGUCCAAUAAAGACUAGUAAUGUCAUUAUAAUCGAUGAUCCUCAAGUAUGCGGUAUUAUUCCACACAUCAAGAGAAUGAAUCCAAGUUGCAAGAUCAUUUAUCGUAGUCAUAUAGAAAUUUGUGCGGAUUUAAUUCGUCAAGAUCCAAAUGGACCUCAGGCGGAAACUUGGGGUUUCUUAUGGGAUUUCAUUUCUCAAGCUGAUCUAUUUGUGUCACACCCAAUAGAAAAUUUUGUUCCUGACGAAGUGCCCAGGAAGAAGGUGGUUCUUCUCCCAGCGUGCACGGAUCCAUUGGAUGGAUUGAACAAGAUACUGAACCAUUAUGAUAUGCAUUUCUACAAAACGAAAUUCAAUCAGUUGUCAUUUGAACAAUGUGGUAUCGAAAUAAAUUUCGCAAAACCAUAUAUUAUUCAAAUCGCGAGAUUUGAUCCUAGCAAGGGAAUUCCUCUGUUGGUCGAUUCAUUUAGAAUUUUCCGUGAAAGAUUAGAAAAAGAGGGCUGGUCUCAGAGUCAAAUGCCUUCGUUGAUAAUUUGUGGAGUCGGAAGUAUCGAUGAUCCGGAUGGUACGCCGAUCUAUAAACAAACGAACGAUUUGUUGAAAACACCUGAAUACGCUGGUAUCGCGGAUGAUGUUUCGGUAGUACGUUUACCUCCUUGUGAUCAAAUACUUAACGCGUUGCUACGAUGUGCUCAUGUAGCGUUACAACUAAGCACUAGGGAGGGCUUUGAGAUCAAGGUGUCGGAGGCUCUUGCUAAAGGUAUUCCAGUGAUCGCUUUCAGAGCAGGAGGAAUUCCGUUACAGAUAAGACACGGUGAAACGGGUUUCUUGGCCGAUAUUGGGAAUACCUCUCAAGUAGCAGAUUACUUGUUUGACUUAUUCACUGACCAUCAGCUUUACGAAAAAAUGUCACACGCUGCUCGGUCCACAGUGAAUGAGCAAUACUUCACAGUAUUUCAAACACUAAAUUGGUUGUAUUUGGUAAAUAAAUUUACUCGUCAAGCUCCAGAAAAUGAGGUUAUCGGAAAUGGAAGAUGGGUGAAAGAACUUUGGGCUGAAGAAUAUGGUUUUUCGAUGAAACUCUUAGUCAUCCAAUACAUGAAUCUUAAAUGGUCAUCAUAG